AUGACAGUGCAAAUGGUGAAAACAAUAAUUGAAGGCCUUAACGGUGAACCAUUUUUAAUGAAUUUGAAUUUGAUUAGUUUCGAUUCGAUCACAUCGAUUCGUCUUCUUCAAAUUUUAAGCGAUGUUCUCCAGUGGAUCGAUUCAGCUGAACGAAUUGAUAUUCGAGAGGAAGCUGCAGAUGAAACAGCUUUGAGAAUCUUUAAUUAUCUCAAAAUUCUCAGAUAUAAACCGCCAAAUGAUAUCGAACAAUUACAAGAAUGGCGACGAGGUAUCGUGGAAGGUGAAAAAACUGCAAUCUAUCCGAUCCUCGAAUGGAUUUUCAAGGAUCCGAAUCCACUUAAAGAACGCGCUUAUCUUUCCAAAUUCCUUACUAAAAUUGACAUUCCAGGGAAUUUUCAAGACACAGAACUGAUGGAACUUUCGAAUCAAAUAGAUUUACUCAUGGAAGAAUUCAAGGCGAAUCAUUCGCGUUUAACCGAAGCAAGAAAGGAUUCGUUAUUAGUCGAAGAUAUUCGAAAAGAUUUAAAAACUAUGGAACAAGAAAAGGAACAAUUACGUAAACGCAUCGAAAAAACUGAGAGAAAAUUAAAGAAUGUCGAUAAUAUUAAGAAAUAUUUCGAUUUGGCUGAGACAUAUCGCCAUGAAAAUGAACGAACUGAGAAAAUCGCUCUCGAAAGACAAGAACAACACAAUUGGGAAGAAAUUGAAACCAACCGAUACAUGGUAGAGGAAAAAUUACCGAAAGAAAUCGAAGCUAAGCGUGCCAUUGUCGCUAAAUUGUCGAAGGUGAUCGAUAUGCCAGCCAUAGACAAGAAGGAUAUUGAGGAAUUGCAAAAAGAGAUUGAAAAGGUGAACGAAGAAAUUGUAGAAUUGAUGAAUAUCAGAGAUAAAAAAGAUGAAACAACCGAAAAGCUUUCCAUUUAUCGGCAUCAAGCGGCUGCUGUUGCAAGGAAAAAAGAAUUACUCGCCGAAAAACUACAAGAUGCCCGGAAUGAACUUAAAAACAUCGAAAAUCUAGUAGAAACAAAGAAGAACGAAUUAAAAGCGAAAACUGGAAAUGACCAAAUCAUCACCUCUACACAAUUCAAAAAUUACGUAAAUAAACUUCGUACGAAAACUUCUUCAUAUAAAGUAAAACGGGCUGAAGUGGAUGAUUUGAAGAACGAAUAUAUUAUUCAUGCACGUACUGUAGAUAUCCUUAAUGGUCAGUGGCAAUCGCUUAAACAACAAAUUGAAGAAAGUGGAGGAAAUUUGUAUGAAAAUCUAGAUUCCAAGCAAAUGGACCGACCGAAAACAGCGAAACCUUCAACGGAAGAUAUUAAUGAAUUGCGAAAAAUGAUAAGAACAUUAAAUGAAACAAUCAACGGUAAACGAAACCUGGUUAAUGACUUAUCGAAGCGAAAUGCUGAGACUAAUAUCAAAUUCAAGGAAUUGAGCGAUCAAUUUAAAUCGAAAAAUCGUAACUAUGAAAUGAUGAGAGCCGGAAUGGAGAGCGAAUUAAAUCAGCUGCAAACGGUAAUAAUUUGUUCUUCCAGUUUUUUGCAAUGA